CCACCCACCCCUUAUCCCCUUCCUCGUCACCAUCCGCCAAAUCCAUCUCCCUCUGGUCUAGUGUUCACCACGCUCUCCCAAGUUUCCAGCUGCUCUGAGUCUGAGGCUCAUUCCCAAGAAGAGGGCUCGGCCAUGGAGGAGCUCCUUCUGCGCCACGCCAGCCACGGCCGCCUCUCGAGGCCAGCGGCGCCCCGCCGCCUCCGCGUCGUGGCCGUCGCGCUAAGAGCCAGGCCGAGCAGCCUCGCCGUCCCGGGCUUCCCGCCCCCAACGGCGCCAGCGCCGGCCCCGGCCCUGAUGGAGCACGUGCUGCCGUCGCCGCCCGUGGCCUCGGACGCCGCGGCGGUCCUGCUCGAGGCCGGCGUGCCGCAAGACGACCUCCGGCGCGCGGCGGGUAUGUGCCCGGAGCUCAUGUCCGUGCCCGUGGAGACCAUCCGGGCGGCGCUGCGGUUCCUGACCGAGGAGGCCGGGGUGCCCGCCGAUGAGCUCCCCCGCGUGCUGCGGCGGCGCCCGCGCCUGCUCGUGUCCCCGGUAUCCGCCAGGCUCCGGCCCACGCUCUACUUCCUCCGCGCGCUCGGCGUUCCGGACCUCCACCGCCGCGCCGACCUGCUCUCCUUCUCCGUGGAGGGCAAGCUGCUCCCGCGGAUCGAGUUCCUGGAGGAGUCGCUGGGCCUCCCUUCCCGCGCCGCGCGCUCCAUGGCCCGGCGAUUCCCGGCGCUCUUCUGCUACGGCAUCGACGGCAACAUGCGGCCCAAGGCGGAGUACCUCCUGGGCGCCAUGGGCCGGGGCGCCGACGAGCUCUUCGACUUCCCGGAGUACUUCUCCUACGCGCUCGCCACGCGCAUCGCGCCGCGCCACGAGGCGUGCGCCGCGCGCGGCGUCAGGAUGCCGCUGCCGGCCAUGCUCCGGCCCGGGGACACCAAGUUCGAGGCUUGCCUCUCGGGCUGCGUCGGGUCCACGCCACCGAGGCGACGGUCCCCGUUGUGGCACGCCUACUGGGUGGACGGCGCCGGCGCCGGCGUGGGCGAGGUGGUCGAGAGGGCCAGGCGUGACGACGCGAGCGAUGCGUCGUAACCAUAUGUGCAUUAGUAGUGCCUAGGGGAUGACGAUCUUGGCUCGCUGUGUAAGCUGUGCAUAAACUACAUGUACGAUCUGUAAGUAAGAUACCGUCUGGUUGGAUUGUCUUGUUAAUCAAUCAAUCAUCAAGGGAAGGUCUUAUAGUUCAUACCCCAUUGAUCACACUCUCGAGUCAAUCGUAGCUCAUACCCCAUUGAUCAUA